UUUCUUUCCCAAAUUCUGCAUCAUUUCGUGAACGCGCCCCAGCAGCAUUCCCCGCGUCGGGAACGCGCGACUGAGAGGAGAAAGAAAAGCAGCCAAGAUGGAGAAGGAGAUCCCUGAGCAGCGAAGGGGGAGCUAGGAGGGUCCAGGAGCUGAGCACCACUGGACCACCCAGCUUCAAAAGCUCAGGGUCUCUCAUCGGAAAGACUUGACCUAAUUUUCUUAUGGGUGCUAUUUAUUUUUCACUUGUUCGUACAUCACUUAACCUGCACCUGACAAGCAGAAGACCCUUUUUGAUGUUUUCACAUUGGUUUUUAUUCUCUUUGUGAUUUGAUACUGUCAUCUGGAACUCUAAGAGUCUGAUUGUGUGUGCCCCACAGUUUGAUGUGUCUCUCAGUGCUUUCUGUAGAUUCUCAUCUUAAGUGUCGUGGCUUCAUUUUGAUGUCCGAGGAUUCCUGACAGACUGAUUGUGCAAGUCCGACAAGGAAGAUGCUGCCUUCUCAGGAGGCAUCCAAGCUCUAUCAUGACAAUUAUAUGAGGAACUCGAGGGCCAUCGGGGUACUGUGGGCUAUUUUCACUAUCUGCUUCGCCAUCAUCAAUGUGGUGGUCUUUAUACAACCUUAUUGGAUUGGGGACAGUGUCAGCACCCCUCAUGCAGGGUAUUUCGGCUUGUUCCAUUACUGUGUGGGCGAUGGCGUCUCGAACCGGGAGCUCACCUGCCAUGGUUCUUUCUCCGACUUCAGUACCAUACCUUCUGGAGCUUUUAAGGCAGCAGGGUUCUUUGUGCUGCUAUCCAUGGUGCUGAUUCUGGGUUGCAUCGCUUGCUUCGCUCUCUUUUUCUUCUGCAACACUGCCACUGUCUACAAGAUCUGUGCCUGGAUGCAGCUUCUCUCAGCUGUCUGUCUGGUCCUGGGCUGUAUGAUUUUCCCUGAUGGAUGGGACUCUGAAGCAGUAAGGGACAUGUGUGGAAAAAAAACUGGGAAGUACAGACUCGGAAAUUGUUCUGUGCGCUGGGCCUACAUUUUGGCUAUCAUUGGCAUCCUGGAUGCACUUAUCCUCUCCUUUUUGGCCUUUGUCCUGGGAAACCGGCAGAAUGAUAUUCUUCAUGAAGAACUCAAGGCAGAAAGCAAAGAUUUUGCUGCUACUGUGAGGAUAUAAUGUAGUCCCAGGCUGCAGUUCAGCAUGUGAGAAGACUUCAUCCAUCCCCACUUUGUGCACUGACAGGACCUUUUACUGUUGGUAAUCCUGCCAAACAAGGUCUGGACAGCAGACUUAAUGCCUCAGAAUCAAGCAGCAUCAUUAACCAAGAGUGACAUCACCCCUCCCAUGCCCACGUUUGCUUUCUGAUUCAUUACUCUUCUACAUACACCUCUUAUCCUUACAUUCUGAUAAAUAUUCAGACAUUAAAACAUACUUUGCAGCUUUGUAAAUCACCGUUUUGUAAAGGAAGGAAAAAAGCAAACAAUUUUACAUCUCCAGAAUACUUUUCAGCUUUACUGAUCACCACUGGGAAUUGAAUGCUUCCACUGCAAAUGGAAUAUUUUUACUAUUCAAGAUCCCUGAACUGAAGGCAAAAUCUGCCAACACCAAGGCAGAUGUUGUCCAAAAACUGGGCAGAUUCCACAGGAAGACAUUUUUGUACAGCACAGUGUGUUUUUUAACCCAUUAAUUUGUUGUUCAUAAAAUGAUUGUAAACUUUCUUUACUAUCCUUGUGUACAUAAUGAAUACGUACAUCUAAAACAGGGUAAGUAGCAUGAAACUCAGAUAAUCCUGCUGUGAUCAGGUAUUCUGGUCUGUCUGGCUCCUUAGUUGUUAGAAGAAGAUUCUGUAACAAACACAGACAGUGCAAGUACAAGCAAAACAAUGAUUUGUGUAUGCUCGACACCUUGAUACAGGAGAGUCUGAGCCCAGUGAGAAACCCAGCAAACUCGAAGCCUUUCAAAAAUGAAUAGACAUGGGUCUGAUACUGAUUUCUACAACAUGACUAAAAUCUUCAGAUUAACAACUAGGAGGCAAACAAAACACUCAAUAUGUAAUAUAUUCUGCACUGCUUGUGUGCCAUGUGCCAAAGGAGAGCUGGGGGUUUCUAUCAAGCAAAAUGUAUAGUAGUCACUAGCAUUUCUACACCUUAUGAAUAUGAAGAGACAAUGGAUGCUCACCAAAGGACGUCAGUAACCAGUUAAUGCACUCCUUUUUGUCCAUGCAGGGUAGCCAUAUCAUUAAUGGUACUUAGUUGUCAGGUAGGCAGAGCCAGUGUCACCGAUGCUGUGGCUGUGGUAUCAUAUAUUGUAAAGAGCUGAUUGAAUAUAUGGCUGUGAUGUUUAAUAUGUCAUUAAAUGUGAAUACAAACUAAA